GGUCGGCCAUUGGCUGUUCGCCCGCGGGGCUUUUCGGGACUUGUAGUUUUCCUCUCAGGGAGCCAACGGUCUGUUCGGAUUCUCGACGGAGCGGCGACGCGACCUUCCAUGGCAAGCCGGGAAGGCGCUGCCGCCAGUCCCGAACAAGGCGCCGAAAAGGCCUCGAAGUCCUCGAGUUCAGAUUCUGAUGAGGAAGGAGGAGCUUCUGGCCAGACAGAAAUGGAAUUUUUGCGAAACCUCUUUUCCCGGACUCUGGGCUUCGGCAGCGAGAAGCCCGAGAAGGUGCUGGAGGAACUGACGCUGGAAGGCGUGACCAACUUCAUUCUCACUGAGAAAUGCAAGAAUAUAAUCUGUAUGGUUGGUGCAGGAAUCUCAACUAGUGCGGGGAUCCCCGAUUUCCGCUCACCUGGCACGGGGCUAUAUGCCAAUCUGCAGCAAUACAGUCUACCAUAUCCCGAAGCCAUCUUUGAGAUUGGCUACUUCAAGCAAAACCCAGAACCAUUCUUCGCCUUGGCUCGGGAGCUCUACCCAGGGCAGUUCAAGCCCACAGUCUGUCACUACUUCAUUCGCCUUUUGAAGGAUAAAGGGCUGCUGCUACGCUGCUACACUCAGAACAUCGACACCUUGGAGCGGGUGGCCGGUCUGGAUGCCGAACACUUAGUGGAAGCUCAUGGCACCUUUUAUACCUCCCAUUGCAUCAGCUCAACUUGCAAGACGUCCUACAGUCUGGAGUGGAUGAAAGAAAAAAUAUUUGCAUCUCUCACCCCCAGGUGUGAAAAAUGUCAGAGCGUAGUGAAGCCAGACAUCGUCUUUUUUGGAGAGAACCUGCCUCCGCGUUUCUUCUCUCUCAUGCAGUCGGAUUUCCAGAAUGCGGACAUGCUUAUUAUCAUGGGUACCUCCCUUCAGGUCCAGCCUUUCGCCUCUCUGGUCAGCAGGGUGCCCCCAAACACCCCACGGCUUCUGAUCAAUAAGGAGAAGACUGGAGAGAGUGAUCCUUUCAUGUCCCUGAUGGGCUUAGGCUGCGGGAUGGAUUUUGAUUCGGAGAAGGCAUACAGGGACGUCGCAUGGCUGGGAGACUGUGAUGAGGGCUGCCUGGCUUUGGCAGAGCUGUUGGGAUGGAAGAAAGAGCUGGAGGAACUGGUGAAAAAGGAACACGCUGUCAUUGAGGCCCAAUCUGGACAGACUGUGGGUGUCGGGGCAGGCGCUGGUCAGCAACCAGCCAAGAAGCAAGAACAGAACCUGUCUUCGGAGAAAGAAAAGCCAGCUGCAAAGAAAGAAAAAUGAAGAGAUUAGCAAAGAUCGAGGAACGCUAUUUUUCUGAUUAUUAAAAAAACCCACCUCGACAUGAACAGGGGAUGCUUGGGGCCUUCUGUCUUCAUUUCCUUAAGGCGAGCUGGAGGGGUGUUCUCUACCUAAUUUUGGGCAAGUCCCUGUCACCCCCAACUGCUUUUGGGAGGAUAAAUGAAAAGAAGAUUCUUCUGUGCUGCUGGAGAAAAGGCAGGAUGUAAUUCAAACAAGUAAACUGAGCAAAGGGACUUAGCCGUCUGGUGCCAAAAAUUUUAGGGGAGGUCAUAGAGUUCAAUGCAAAGGUGUAAUCCAAAAUAGGUCUCAUCCCAUGAAGUCAUCUCUGGGGACUUUGGCCCUGAUUGACGCCACUAACAACUGAAAUUAUGAUUGAAUUGAAGUUUUAAUUUAGCAGGAGUAGUAUUUCUGGAAGAUUUCUUUAGAACAGGGAUGCCCAACUUGGCAACUUUAAAACUUGUGGACUUCAACUCCCAGAAUUCCCCAGCAACAAGCAAUAGGUCUUAAAGUAGCCAAGACUGGACACACUUGCUUUAGAGCCUUCCUCUACUUACUUUAACAUGUUGGGAGGGUGAAUUCGAUUAAUAUCCAGUUAACUUCAGCAAUUUGUUCUAAUUGUCUUAGAGGAAAAACAAGACAAAAUGAGAUUUGAUCUUAACUUCUAUCUAGCCUUUUUCUUUCUUUUUUCUUUCUUUCUUUCUUUCUUUCUUUCUUUCUUUCUUUCUUUCUUUCUUUCUUUCUUUCUUUCUUUCAUUCAUUUCUUUCUCUCUUUCCCCUCUUCCUUCUUUCCUUUCUUCCCCUUCUCUCCCUUCUUUCUUUCCUUGAGCUAACCAAGGAAGGCACUUUUGAAGAAGCAUAGUUUGAAGUGUUAAAACGUUGAUUUAUGCAGGGUAGCAGUUUUGAACUACCCAUGAUGCUUUUGUUUCCAUCAUUUACAUAAAGCUGUCAUCAGUGACAAUUAAAUAUAAUCAGCUUGAUACCACAA